AUGGAACGAAUUCAACGUCAGAGAGGCGACCUGCCUCGAGACGCCGUGCUGAUCCUCGCCUGGGUCGUCCACGCCCGGAGGCAGAUAACGGUCCCGGAGCUUCAGGAGGCCCUUGCAGUUGAAAUUGACAAAUCUGCGCUGGAUGAGGACAAUAUUCCGACUGUUGAUCACAUAACCAGGGCAUGUGCCCCGUUGAUUGCGGUCGAUACGGAGAGCAACAUUGUCCGACUGGUCCACUAUACGACCCAGAAAUACUUGGAACGCACCCGAGAUAUUUGGUUCCAGAAUGCACAAAUCGACAUCACAAGGAUUUGCAUCACAUAUCUCUCGUUCUCAGCGUUCGAGAGCGGCUUCUGCAUCUCAGAAGCCAAGUUUUGGGAUACAGUGGAGACAAACAAGCUCUACGAUUAUGCAGCUCAAAAUUGGGGACAUCAUGCCCAUGAGCCCUUUGCCCUGAGCUGGGAAGCCCUAGAGGUAGUCGACUUUCUCGAGCGUGAGGGAAUACUACAGGCUUGUAGUCAAGCACUAAUGGUCCCUAAGUAUCAGCAUUUGCGCUAUGCAAGCCAAAUGGUUCCGAGACAGAUGACAGCUCUACACCUGGCAGGCUACUUCGGCCUUCAUGAUGUGGCGGUGACCCUGCUUGCACGAGGGCAUGAUCCGAAUAUUGAAGAAGAAGACGAUACAAUGGUGAAGUUGCUGCUGGAUAACGGUGCUCAGCCAAACUUCCAAGAUAACAAUAGUCAUCUAACGGAGUUUCCACUGCUGUGGGCUGCGAAAACUGGACACAAAGAGGUGGCCAGGUUGUUACUUGAGGCAGGCGCGGACCCGAGCGCAAAAGAUAGCUUUGAUGGAGACGGUCGCACACCACUUUCAUACGCGGCCCAAAGAGGAUACCAGAAUGUCAUGGAGGUGUUGCUUGCGUCUGGGAAGGUCGACGCCGACUCCAGGGAUAUCGAUGGACGAACGCCGCUAUCCUAUGCUUUUGACAACAAGGUUGCCCGGGUUCUGCUGGCUUCCAGCAGAGUCAAUGUCGACUCAAGAGACGAGGUCGGCAGGACACCGCUGUGGCAUGCUGUCGAUGAUGAGCGCCUUGACGUGGUGCAGCUACUACUUGCGUAUGGCGCCGAUCGCGAGUCGAAGGACAACUUUGGCCAGAUACCACUCAUGAAAGCCAAAGAGGGACUGGAGGCUUACAAAAAGGGAAACAAGUGGCCCGAUGACUUACGAAAAUCCCAGAGAGUCCUCAGCCUGCUGGUAUAG